GGCGGUACAUCCUAAAACAAUGGUGGCCGGCGGCAGCGAUCCUCGGGCUGGAGACGUUGAAGAAGAUGCCUCUCAACUCAUCUUUCCGAAAGAGUUUGAGACAGCGGAGACACUCCUGAACUCUGAAGUUCACAUGCUUCUGGAGCAUCGAAAGCAGCAGAAUGAGAGUGCAGAAGAUGAGCAGGAGCUUUCAGAGGUUUUCAUGAAAACCCUGAACUAUACAGCCCGUUUCAGUCGUUUCAAAAAUAGAGAGACCAUUGCCAGUGUUCGUAGCUUGCUUCUCCAGAAAAAGCUACAUAAGUUUGAGUUGGCCUGUUUAGCUAAUCUUUGCCCAGAGACUGCUGAGGAGUCCAAAGCUCUGAUUCCAAGUCUGGAAGGGCGUUUUGAAGAUGAGGAACUGCAGCAGAUUCUCGAUGAUAUCCAGACCAAGCGCAGCUUCCAGUACUAAUGUUUACAUCCUGCUCCUGAGAUUGCUCAGAACGCCACCACAUCCCAGCCUGGUCAGCGUCACUCAGGAGUGCUGAAGCAGAAGACACUUGGGUCACUUUGCUUUAUUGAGAUAUAAUGUCCCUCUGUGGUCCUCAGACUCAUGAUACGCCUCCUGCCUCACUCAGCCAAGUUCUGGGAUUACAGGCGUGAGCCAACACUCAACAGCUUGGCUUUUUGGAGAGGAAAGGCUGGCUUGGUGAUGGUCUUGGUUGCUGUCCCCACAGUGACUAUUGGACCAUAGUUACUGUGUUUUGUGCAACCUUGAAGGGCUGUUAUGGUCAAGCGUGCUGCAGUCUGGAACCUGUGAGAUAGAAUGAUGUGUUGACUGUCUCUUACCUUGGUGGUUUGGGAGCCCAUGUUAUUCUUUGUUCUUGUCAUUUCAAUUUUUGAUGUAAAUAUAGUUUGUAGUUUUUAAAACUAAACUGUUAUACAAAAUCUUGUAUAGGGGAAGAAUGUUCUUAUCUAGUUGCAAAUGGGAGAGAUA